AUGCCUCUGCUCUGGGUCCUGCUGGCCCUCGGCUGCCUGCGGUUCGGCUCGGCUGUGAACCUGCAGCCCCAACUGGCCAGUGUGACCUUCGCCACCAACAACCCCACACUUACCACUGUGGCCUUGGAAAAGCCUCUCUGCAUGUUUGACAGCUCAGAGGCCCUCACUGGCACCCACAAGGUCUACCUGUACGUCCUGGUUGACUCAGCCGGCUCCAGGAAUGCCUCAGUGCAAGACAGCGCCAAGACCCCACUGGACUCAACGUUCCUACAAACAGAGGGUGGGAGGACAGGUCCCUACAAAGCCAUGGCCUUUGACCUGAUCCCCUGCAGUGACCUGCCCAGCCUGGAUGCCAUUGGGGAUGUGUCCCAGGCCUCACAGAUCCUGAAUGCAUACCUGGUCAGGGUGGGCGCCAACAGGACCUGCCUGUGGGACCCCAACUUCCAGGGCCUCUGUAACCCACCCCUGUCGGCAGCCACGGAGUACAGGUUCAAGUAUGUCCUGGUCAAUAUGUCCACGGGCUUGGUAGAAGACCAGACCCUGUGGUCGGACCCCAUCCGCACCAACCAGCAUCCUGAGGACAUCACCGAGCCAGCGAACCAGUGCCAACAGCUACCUGCCACCAGGCAUCUUGCUGAGAAACUUAACCCCUAUUUGCUAAAAAGUCCUUGCGUCUGCUUUUCUGUUACCUACAGUAAACACAUCUUCACGGAAAGCCCUGGACACAAGGCACCCUGUGUCAACUGGAAAACCAGUGAUGCCCCACUCACCACUCGAGAACACGGGGAAGGAAAGAAAGACACUGACCGCUGGUGGCUCAAUUAA